GGGGCGGAACACGGCGGCGGCGGAGCAGCAGCAGCAGAUCUCCAGCAGAUUUCAGCUACUUAUAAACACACCACCAACAAGACCAGCAAGAGCGCCGGAGAGGGAGGCGCAGGAGCGGCCAUUCGGCGAGGAGUCUCUGUGUUUUUAUCUGCAGUUUUUUAGUUAUUUUAACCCCAGAAGUGUGUGUUUUUAAUAAAGUCAGCUCUCUCGCGCCCUUUCACAGCGGCGGGGCUCCUACAGGAUGAGCGGGACUAUGAGGAGGAGAGAGUGCAGUUCAGCAGGGCUGAGGGGCUUUAUCCACUAACCGCAGCGACGAGGAGGAAUUUAGGACCAUUCUCCUCGCAGACCGCGCUCAAACAGCAGCUCCACUAACAGAGAGGAUGCGGUGGCUGGGGUGCUAUCGGCUGGGGCUGAUGUGGAAAGCACUCCUGGUGUUUGUGGUCAUUGCCUUCGCUGGACAGCUCCUGGGAGUGCUCUUCAAUAAAAGCUGGGUGCAGCCGGAGCGACCACGCUCUCUGUUCUCCCUCUCCCCUGAGAACAGCCAGUUGCCUCCUCAGGGCUCCUGCCGGCCACACACCCACGUCAUGUUCUUGAAGACCCACAAGACAGCCAGCAGCACUGUUCUCAACAUGCUCUAUCGCUUUGGUGAGGAGCAGGGCCUAUAUUUCGCUCUCCCAGUGGGCUACCAGUUUGGAUAUCCACUACCCUUCAUUGCCCAGAGGGUAAAAGGGUACAGGGGCCCCCACGUUGUAGAGUUUGACAUCAUGGCAAAUCACAUGCGCUUCUACAAGCCAGAGGUGGAAAAAGUCAUGCCUGCAGACACCUUCUAUUUCUCCAUUUUACGAGACCCUGUGGCAUUAGCUGAGUCCUCCUACGCCUAUUACAAAAACGUUGCCCCUGCAUUCAGACGUGCAAAAGGACUGGGUGACUUUGCAGACAACCCCCACAAAUAUUACGAGCCCCGGUUGCGCAACAACCACUACGCCCGCAACCUACUGUGGUUCGACUUUGGCUUGGACCACAAUGCCAACUUCUCUUUGGCUCUUGCAAAGCGUGGCGAAGCAACAGUGCGGCGAAAUUUCAAACUCAUCCUUCUCUCUGAGUUCUUUGACCAGUCCAUGGUUCUGCUCCGCCAUGCCCUCUGCUGGCCUCUUGAUGCCGUUGUGUCUUUCAGCUUAAAUGCCAGACAGCAGAUGCCCAAAGCAAGGUCAGUUUGGGUGGGAAAGCCUGCUGCCCCGGCUGCUUUGGCCCUGACCGAAGAGCAGAGGCAGAAGUUACGGCAGUGGAACGCCCUUGACUGGCACCUCUAUCAAGCCUUUAAUCGCACUUUCUGGGCCGAGGUGGAGCGCUUUGGCCGGGCACGGAUGGAAAAAGAGGUGAUCUUGCUGAGGAGCAGGCGGGAGAUCCUGGCUCGUGUGUGCCUGCGUGAUGGGGGCCAGCCCGUAGAGGCCAGUCGCAUCCGGGACAAGGCCAUUCGUCCAUUUCAGAGUGGCCUGGUAAAGAUAUUGGGCUAUGAGCUUCAGCCUGGGCUGGAUAACGGCACAAGGGAAGCUUGCCUACGCAUGAUUAGGCCAGAGAUCCAGUACAAAGACCUGUUGGAUCUCCGGCAGUUUCCUCACGCUCAGAGACCCCCAGUACCAGCCGCUCCUUUGAGGAGGGAAUCUUCACCUUCCAGAACUGGAGAGCACUUGGGGGAGAUGGUAGAGAGGGACUGGGACAGAACCAUACUUAGACGUAAUCAGUCCUUACAGCAGGUGGACAUUAAAGGAAAGCUUAGAUAGUAAGUGAGCUAGUCAUGCCCUUUUGCCUCAAAGGUCAGACAUAGGCCUAAUUUGCGAUAGUCUCCAAUGGGCCUCUGCACUGCACUACAUAGAGCUAGAGUGAGGUAAUGAACGUGUAGCACUCCGCUUCACUCCUGAACCUUUCCUCCUCUUGCCCUUCUCCACUGUCAUGGACAUCAGUGUUUAAAGUAAACUCUUUGAAGGGACACAAUGGCACAAACCACACUGCAAACAAGCCUCAUUGUAUGACAUUGGGACUAAUGCAUGUUGGACGAUGUGUGUGAUGCAGAUUGUUUGCAUCACGGUCUCAUGAGUUCUGUUGCUUGAAAAGAGCCGGGAUGUGGUACAAAAGCGUCUUUCACACACACUUUACAUUUCAUUCCAUUUUCUUUUCCACACAUACACACAGACACUUUGGCAUGUGGUCACUCUGCACUUUUCACAUUGACUCUGCUUAGAUAUAUGGUGGCAGUGCUGAAAAAAAAAUGCUAAGCGCUUUUGAGAAUGAAACUUACACCUUUAACUUUAUGAAACACCACUCUGAACUGAACGCAAACAAAGGCUGUGUCUUUGUUUAGUUAGCUUUGUAAGGUAAAGGCUGCGAGAGGAAUCUACAGUGUCCAGAUGCCUAGAAUAAGAACAUACAUAAUGGUUAGUUUUUUUUUUUUUUGCUCACUGUAACAGGUCAGUGUCAUGACAUUUGUAUUGCAUGACAUAACAUGCGUAAGCUAUAAUAGUGAUGACUCUUCGUGGGUCUGUAAAGGUGACAUCUCCAGUCAAUGACACUGUGAAAAAAUUUACCAUCCAUUACAUGUAUUAUUGCCAGCCUCUGGUAUGUCACAGGGAGGGUGCUGCCCCACUCAUGGUGAUCUACCUCUUGCCAACUGUCAGAGGUCUUCAUUCUUUAUGUUGCAGGUAUUAGUAUCUGUCUAGAAUGGUAAUUAUUUAUUUGUCAUUCUGAGUUCAUGGCUGUAUUUACCCAUCAUUAUGGUUUUGCCUUUCACAGUGAUAGUUUGUUAGCUAUGAUAUAAUGCUAUACCACUUUACAGACUUAAUGUCUGUAAUUUUGUGCAUGACGAUGCUGAACAGUUGUCCUAGUGCUGGAAAGCAAAGCUGAUAUGAACAAAAUUCUAGGAGGUAGGACUUUGUAGAUGGUGAACGUUAAGUGGCAUGGGAAGGGCUAGAAGAAACCUAGAUGGCCUGGAUCACAUACACUUUUGUCAAAAGACAACCCAGGGAACUCCAUGUUCAAAUCAAAAACAAAUAAUAAUAAUUAGUAACUUUGCCUUACUGUAACAAAACAAAUUGGAGCAGGGCUUGAUUAUGAAAGCGUUGUAUUUAUUAUGUUUUUGUAAAGAGAAAAAAAAAAAACUGAAUUUAUGUAUAUUUUAUAUUUUCUCUUAAUGCAAGUGUCUCUUCCACACUAAAAUGAGAUGCCGUGUAUGAACCUGACUGGAAUGCACUGUGCAGCUCGAUCUAGCUCAGCAUAUUAACAGCUUAUCGUAUGCAACUUCCAAUGCGCAGAGUGAGUAGGCAUCCUUAGAUGUAUUAAUUUAUUAUGCUUCAGUUCGGGUAUUGUUGUUAAAGCAAAAUGUUCACGCAUAUCCAUUGUCAUUAUUAUAGCCAGUGAAGUUAUGUAAUGUAUGUUUAAAAUUCGUUCAUGCAUGUUUACAAAUUGCAUUCACAGACACCAGCGGUGGGCAGGAUACCAGACUGGUUAUGGAUUGUACCUGAUUGUGUCACACUACAGCUUUGUGUUAAUAUAUUUGCUGUAUUUUGGCUUGAUAUGUUAGCUUGCUUUCCAUCAUAUAUUUUAGCAGUCAGUAAAUAUUUCUGAGCCUGUGGAAAAAUCUGUUGAGAGAUGCGAGAGGCAGACAAAACACGAGAAACACCUGAUGGGUAAAAAAAAAUAUAUAGUGUUAGUAUAAUAGAUUAAAGCAACUAAAUAUUUGUUUAAAGCAAUAUUUGCUUGUUUUGUAAUAUUAAUAAUACCUGUGCUAUAAAAAAGAUGGUUGGAAAGGGCGCUCAUCAAAUUUUGCAGCAAUAUAGAGAGCUUCUCGUAUUAUGUGAGGCCAAAAUAGGAAACGAGUUACGAAAACAAACAGUGGAAAAAAUUAAAAAGUCAGAGCUGACAAAAGAGCUUUUAGGGCUGAGUGGUGGUUUAAAAUGGAGGCUGAGUUCGUCUCAGAAGAAUUGUGCUAUUAUGCUAUUAGAUUCUCUAAACCCAUCUGCUGCCAUUUUCCAAUCAAUCACCACCAUCACCGUAAUGAGUACAUAGUAGACCUUAAGAGAGUGGAAGAUUGCAAUAUGCUUUAAUAGGUAGACCUUUAAGCUUUUCUUAAAGCUUUUCUUUUGAGAAAACAAAUAGUAGCCUUUAACACAUAUUGCCUGCACUCAGUAACAAUACUUCUACAUUUCUGGUGUUUCUAUUAUUUUGUCUACCCCUAUUUUAUUUUGCUUCUGUAUUGCAAAGCAUCUCAGAGAUGGGAAUUCUAUAGUCAAAGAUGGAACAGGUUUUUUUUUGUAAAGGAGGAUUGAUGAAUUAACGUUACCUGUGGUAUUUCAAAUAAAACACACCAAAGAGUUGCUAAUACAUCUUGGGUAUAAAGAAUGGAACUUGUGACUGUGAAAAUAGAAAUCCUAAGUUACCGUCCACAUGGCCUCAACACUAUUCACCGUUGGACAAAGCAACCUUUAACCCGUAAUUACAAAAUUAAUUUAACACAAUUUUAUUUAACUAGCAGUCUGAUUCCUCUUGAAUUUAAUGCAACUGUCACCAAGUGACAUCUUGAAAAGAUGUCAAAAUGUUAAUUAAUGAACAAGCAGAAAAGGCAGAAAUACCACUUUGCUGACCCAGUCUUUCCUCAGUACCAGAAUACCAUGUCUGCUGUUCAAGUUCAGUAUAAAUUAAAUUUACAGUGUGAGACUUCAGGACUUGGACUCUCUCUUAUGAAGAAUUUACAAUACAGUGAAUAUUUCUCUUUUUGACUGAGCUGUUUGAACUUUGGCAAUCCAUGUACUAUAUUUAUUAUAUUUCUCUUUGUUACUUGAAAUAUUGGGGUUUGUUCAAAGCCUUUGUGAAUAUCCGGGUGUGUGUUGGAUCUGAUAUACUUGUAUGUAGUGGAAUGGAAUAAUGAUGAUGAUGAUGAUGAUAAUAAAAAAAACUUUCACUAAGUGA